AUGUCGACUGAUACCAAGACCUACAAGUUCAAUCACUCGAUGAUUCGAGUGAAAGACCCCAAAGAGUCUGUCAAAUUCUAUGAGCACCUUGGUAUGAAGAUGAUCAGAAAGGUGGAGCAGUCUGAAGCCAAAUUCGAUCUCUACUUUAUGGGUUAUGAUUCUUCAGGAGCCAUUUCCAGCGGCAACCAUUUUAGUAACAGGGAAGGCUUGAUUGAAUUAACACACAAUUACGGCACCGAGGAUGAUCCAAAUUACAAAGUCUCUACCGGUAAUGCUGAUCCCUAUAAAGGAUUUGGGCACACUUGUAUCAGUGUAGACAACAUUCAAGCUGCGUGUCAAAGAAUCGAGGACGCUGGCUACAAAUUCCAGAAGAAACUAUCUGAUGGACGCAUGAGAAGCAUUGCGUUCGUCUUGGAUCCAGAUGGAUACUGGGUUGAGGUCAUUGGGCAAAAUCCAGUUGAGAAGACUGAAGGUGUUACCACUACUGACACCAAGACCUACAAAAUGAACCACACCAUGAUUCGUAUCAAAGAUCAUGAGAAGUCUCUCAAAUUUUACAAAGAGGUUAUGGGAAUGGAGCUUUUCCGGACUAGCGAGAAUGCAAGCGCAAACUUCAACCUUUACUUCCUUGGGUAUCCUGGAAAGGACGGAAUUCCAACAACAUCGGCUAAUGGGGUCAACCCAACGGCUGAAAGAGAGGGCUUGUUGGAGCUGACGUGGAACUAUGGAACUGAGAAGGAUGCCGACUUUAAGUAUCACAAUGGAAACGAUGAGCCACAGGGAUUUGGUCACAUUUGUAUCUCUGUUGAUGAUUUAGAUGCUGCUUGCAAGCGGUUUGAGGAUCUAGGAGUCAACUGGAAGAAGAGACUUACUGAUGGCCGUAUGAAGUCGGUUGCCUUUGUUCUGGAUCCAGAUAAUUACUGGAUCGAGGUGAUUCAGAACGAGAAUCUCAAGGAAAGCCAACACAAAAUAUAG